AGUUGACGCGACAAUGAAGGUGGAAUAUAUUCCUUGUGUUUUUCUUUUGUCCAUCUCCCUCUCUACAUAUAUACCUCACAACACCUAAUUCAAACAUACCUUCAAACAAAUCACAUCUUCUCUCUCAAACUCACAAAUCAACACUUUUCAUCUAUCAAAGUUCAUUUUCUUAAAAAAAAAAAAAAAGAUGGCUAAUUUCCAUUCUCGAUCAAACAGUUUCCCAUCUCAGUCUCAUCCAACAAUCGGAAGUGUAGAAGAUCAAUUGUUCAGAUUGAGGGACUCAGAAUCCACUUCUGUUUGUGCAAAUUUGGCUUGCCUCAGAAAUCUACAUGAAGGCAUAAAUGAUUUAAUUCAAAUGCCUUCAAUCCAACAAACACUUUCUCACGAGAAUUGGAUAAACGAGUUGCUUGAAGGAUCUCUCAAGCUCGUUGAUCUAUGUGCUCUUUCUAGAGAAAUUGUUUCAUUGACCAAGGAGUCUGUUCAAGAUCUUGAAUCCUCAAUCAGGAGAAAUAAAGCCGAAACAGCCACAUCAGCGGAUGUUAGUGCUUAUGUGGCAUCAAGAAAGAAGAUCACUAAGAUGGUCAACAAAAGCAUCAAGAAUUUGAAAAGCUUCAACAACAAGUCUACAACAGAUAACAAUUUAUUGACGAUGCUGAAAGAAGCAGAGUCCCAUGAUUUAUCAGUCCUAAAGUCCGUCUUAAUCCUCUUGUCCGGGGGAAACGAAAAAUCAAGCUGGUCGUUGCUUUCAAAGUUCACCACUCAAAACAGCCGUAUUUAUUCAGAAAGUGUCGCUGAGGAUUUGAGUCCGUUGAACAUCCAAAAGUCAACAAAAAACAUGGACAGCAAAAACAUGUUGAAGAAGUUGAAAUCAUCGGAAAUGACAAUCCAAGAAAUCGAAGAGGGAUUAGAAGCCUUAUUUAGAAGUUUAGUCAAAACCAGAGUUUCACUUCUUAAUGUUCUCAGCCAUUAGUCGUCGCAAUGGCUUGGGAUAUAUCGAUAGAAAUUGUACAGUUUUGUAAAUUACAUCACAAAAUGUAUACUCAUACUUAGAGAUAUCUACACAAUUUUGUCAAGAAAACGACAUAAAUCCGAAAUCUUUUGCUCUAUUUGCUUGUGUGAAUUUGUGGGUCACUUUAAAUUUCAUAUUUGUUAUG